UGCCCGGUCUAGUGCCAGCGCCUGACACCUCGGUUGUCUCACUGAGUGGUUAAGAGCCCGCUUGCCCCUUCCUCACACUUGAUUGCCUUCAGCGAUCUCGGAGAGUGUGACUGGAAAUGUUGCCUCUCAGAAAGAAGCAGCAGAACCGCCUGUAGCGAAAGCUUUCUGAGGAGCACUCAGAGAUGAAGGGAUCGAGACGAUCGUGAGCUGAGCUGCGUGGUCCAGUUGCGUGGUGGUCUGUCAGCAUAAAAUCCGAAGGACGGAGGAGCAGAGUAGUGGACUGGACCUGGCAUUUGCUGCCAUUAAUGAUGUGGUGGAGUUCAGCAGACAGUGAUGUGAUUUUAUGUAUUUUCUUCCCUUUGUAUGUGAUGGCUGUUCAGGCAUCUUUUGCCUACAACACAGGAGCCGGGAUGCUCAUGGGUGUUCUGAGGUGAAUAUAAGAAACAAUUCUGUGAAACCUGAUCAGCACAGAUCUUACCCAUGCUCAUACAAGGACUGCAGUGGAAAGGAGCUUUUGCCAGUGUUGUGUCCUUACUGUGAAAAACAUUUUUGUCUCAGACAUCGUCAUCAAUCAGACCAUGAAUGUGAGAAGCUGGACACACCAAAACCUCGAAUGGCUGCCACUCAGCAGCUUGUUCAACAUAUUAUAGAGUCUAAAAAGAGUGAUGAAGUGAAAAGCAAAAAACGUAAAGGAGCAAAAAACAGUGAGACAGCAGCAAAAGUGGCAUUAAUGAAACUGAAAAUGCAUGCAUGUGGGGACAAGUCCUUGCCUCAGACAGAAAGAAUUUACUUUCAAGUAUUUUUACCAAAAGGGAACAAAGAGAAAAGCAAACCCAUGUUCUUUUGCAGUAAGUGGAGUAUUGGCAAAGUAAUAGAUUUUGCAGCUUCCUUAGCAAGCCUUAAAAAUGACAACAACAAAUCAACAUCCCAGAAACUGAGAUUAUGCCAUACUGCUUCUGGAGAAGCCUUGCCAUUUGAGCACACACUGGAAACAUGGCUAUCUGAUAAAGACUAUCCACUGUACAAUGGAGGGAAUGUAAUUCUGGAGUAUCUUGAUAAUGAUGUUCUAUUUAUAGAAGAUACAGAAUCCUACUUUAGUUAGUCAAUAAAUUUUCACAAAUAAGAAUAAAAACAAAACAGUAUUUUUUAGCAGCAUGGUAUUAAAAAGCAAGUCCAGUUUUCUUUUAAAAUCACUGGUAUGCCAGAAUCAGUCUUCCAUUGUAAAGACUCAAUUUCCAUCAGUUUCUCAGUUGCUUGACUGACAGAAGAAUUAUGUCCUGAAAGGAAAAUUAUAAUAACUAAUAUUACAGGUAUUCACAUUCUAGAAUAAAUUCUUACUCUAUUGAGCUGUAUUAUAUAAAUUUUUUUUUUCUUAAAUUUGGUAUUUAUUUUUGUGUAAGUGGCGGGGACAGUAUGUCUUAAUAAAUAAUGAAAAUGUAAA